AUGACAUCACUUUGUUCUCUUUCAGAUGGGAAUUCUGUGUCCUUCAGGCUGCCCCAGACUGGGGCAUCAUGGUGGUCUCAAGCUGGAAAAUCACGUAAUCAUAAAGGUAGAUUUUCUGAAAGGGUAUCUUACAGAAAACUGUAAUUUCCAUGGAAGUUAUCUGUAUGCUUUGGUAAGUGUUUUAAAGCAAUUAGAAUAAAUGGCAUAUGGCAAAGCUUUCAUAUUUUUAUAAGAUGUUAAUGAUUAACUGACUUCCUACAUCUAUUGACUUAGUGGGAGAGUGACAAGGAACUGUGAGGUACCUGUUUGGUAGCUUAACAAGUUGACCAAUUUGCACGGGCAUUUCUUUCCAUCUCCCUCUUGGAACUCGCUUCAUCCAGCUGACACUGCUUCAAAGCCUUAGGCAACUCUCAGACUCAGAGAAGAAAUCAGUCCUAUUGGAGAUACAUAGAUGAAUUGGGAGGCCAAAAUUAUAAAAUUGCAGAUGUUGCUGUGUUUGUCUGGCAUCAAAAAUCACUCUAUCCCAUCCUCUCAUGGCUGGCAUCACCUUCAGGACUGAAUGCCUCUCUCUCUUCACAUGGCAACUGUGUCUGUGACAGAGGAGGAUGAGCUCCCUGGUCAGCACCUCGCACCUCCAGCUUGCUGCCUUUGCUCUGGGCACGGUAGGCUGGAUCCUGUGCACAGUUUCAAUGGGAAUUGUGGAAUGGAGAGUGUGGCAUGUGGACAACACCACCAUCAUCUCCUCUGGCAUUGCCUGGGUGGGGAUUUGGAAAGUCUGCUUCAUCAGUUAUCUUCACGUCUCGCCCGGCUAUAGAGAACAGUUCUGCCAUAAAUUCAGUAGCUAUGACUCCUUCAUCCCCCACGAAAUUUAUGCAGCUCAGGGUCUCCUGUUGAUUGCCAUGUUUGUGGGCUUGCUGGGACUGGCUGCUACAAUAUUUGCUCUGAGAAAUGUGUAUAUGGGAAUCACUCACAAAACCCUCAUUGCCCCUUUCUUUCUGGUGGGUGGCUUCUUCUACAUAUUUGCUGGUCUGUGUGUCCUGAUUCCCGUGAGCUGGAAUUUCUAUUCUGUAACUCACAACCAGAGCAUAGCUUUUCCUCCUUCUUACUACAUGCCCUCCAGUCCAGCAGCGCAGGAAGCUGGUGCUGCCAUUCCUGUUGGGAUUGUGGCUGUCAUCCUGCUGCUACUGAGUGGGAUGUUUUCUCUCUCAUACAGAUUUCCCAUGACUGCAAACACCAUCAUGAAAUCCUGAAAGGACAAAUCCCCCUGUGCUAUUUCAGAACAAGAGCAUAGUCAAGAGAUAAGGACAGCAGCAUGAGUGGUUGCAAAGUUAAGGAGCUGCAGAAUUUGAUUUUAUUCUAUAGUAGCCAAGCUGUUUUCAUAUAUGAACCAGUUGAGUCACCAUCUUAGUAGUCACAUAUUACCAGAGGUUCAUCUUUGAGAUAAUUGCUGUUGAGCAGCAACUGUGAUUAAAUUUUGCCAGUUGUCCUCUUUUGUAUAUGCAAACAUUAUUGAUUUUUUUUUUUUUGGUGUAAAAUAUUUACCAUGCUCAAAGAACUGACUUUGAAUGAACUGUCCUGUAAGAAAAAUGUGAAUUAACAUGUAUUAAAUGUGAAUGUCUUUCCUUGUCAGUACUAA